UCGGCUGUAGUGAUUGGCUGGUGCGUUUUUUGCGUCAUCUCUUUACGCCGCUAGAGAGCUGGCGUCCCCCACGUGGGCGAGCGGUCGCUGGGGUAUGUGGCUGAGAGCUUCCGUGUUUCCUGCCUCGUUUGCCACAGUUCUCCCUGCACUGCAGAGAUUCGUCUUUGCCGGGCUCCCAAGCAGCUUCCACGGUUGCAGGUUGAUGAUGGCAAGCGGUGGGUACGAGGUCCCUGAUCAGAAGGACAGAGACCCUGGGUGUCCGGUCGAGCUGCAGGAGCAGGAACUUAAGGGCGGCAUUGAGCUCUGUGGAGAGCAGCAGCCACCAGCCCGGGAGGAACAGGCGCCAGUUCCGGCCUUGGCUCCAACUUCGGGCGGGCGGAAGAAGCGGCGAGGCCAGGGCGGGGAGCGCUUCGUGCCACCGCCUAAGAAGCGGCGGGCCGGGGUCAGCUUCGGUGACCAGCACUUUGCUGAGACCAGCUAUUACUUCGAGGGCGGGCUGCGCAAAGUGCGGCCUUAUUACUUCGACUUCCAGACCUACUGCAAGGGCCGCUGGGUGGGCCGAAGCUUGCUCCACGUUUACAGUACCGAGUUUCGAGCCCACCCCCUCUCGUAUUACGAGGCUGCCGCCAAGGCCGGCCGCCUGCGCCUCAACGAGCAGCCAGUGCGAAACCUCGACGUUAUUCUUAAGGAUAAUGAUUUCCUGCGGAACACUGUCCACCGGCAUGAGCCCCCUGUGACAGCAGAGCCUAUUCGUCUGCUAGCUGAGGAUGAUGAAGUCGUAGUGGUAGACAAGCCCUCCUCCAUGCCUGUUCACCCUUGUGGUCGCUUCCGCCAUAACACUGUCAUCUUCAUCCUGGGCAAGGAGCACCAGCUUAAGGAACUGCAUCCACUACAUAGGCUAGACCGCCUCACCUCAGGGGUGCUCAUGUUUGCCAAGACAGCUUCUGUCUCUGAGCGGAUCCACGAGCAAGUUAGAGAUCGGCAGCUGGAGAAAGAAUAUGUGUGCCGUGUGGAAGGAGAAUUCCCUGCUGAAGCAGUCAUCUGCAAGGAACCCAUCUUGGUGGUAUCCUAUAAGGUGGGGCUGUGCCGUGUAGAUCCACAGGGCAAGCCCUGUGAAACUGUAUUCCAGAGGCUGAGUUACAAUGGUCAGAGUAGUGUAGUCCAUUGCCGGCCUCUUACUGGCCGUACCCAUCAAAUCCGGGUACACUUGCAGUUCCUGGGCCACCCUAUCAUCAAUGACCCCAUCUAUAACACAGCAGCUUGGGGCCCUGCCCGGGGCCGAGGUGGCCAUGUCCCAAAGACAGAUGAUGAGCUGCUACAAGAUCUGUUGGAGGAACACCGGGCCAAACAAAGCCUAGAUGUUCUAGAUCUCUUUGAAGGGGACCUACCCCCAGGUCUUAAGGCCCCUGCAGACCCAUUUUUUAAGCAGGACUUUAAAGAGCCAUCUACAACCACAAGAGGACCAGAGGAACCAAACCAAACAACUUCCCUUGAUUUAGACACAGCAGAACUGACUCCUGGGGAGACAGCUGGGUCAGGGCUUAAGGAUAAAAAGAUGGACCCUCUCUGUGAAGAAUGCCGUUUGGUGAGACAGGACCCCUUGCCUCAAGAGCUAGUGAUGUACCUUCAUGCUCUACGCUAUAAAGGGCCUGGCUUUGAGUACUCUUCACCCAUGCCUGCCUGGGCACAGGAUGACUGGAAGGAAGACUGAUGGAUUAUGGUUCCUGAAUUGCCUUCUGCAGACCACCAUCCCUCACAGAGUUGCUAUGGCUGACCCUCUUUUAAUGAGGGAAAAUGGAUGUCCUCUGUUGGCACACAAGGGUUAGAAAAAAAGAAUCUUGGGGUUUGAAAAAGUUUGUUCAGCAAAGGGAAAAUUAUAUACCUCAUUUGCCAUCCUACCUCCAGCCAGAGUUUUGGCAUCUUUUAAUUUCUAAAAUGUUCCUUCUCAAUGUCUCUUUUUUAAGAGUUGUUUUCUGAGCUUUUGCAUGCUGCUUCUGCUUAGUCCCAUACCCUGUGGCUGUACUUGGAUCCCUUCAGCCUUUCUUGCUGUGCAAGCAGAGGCUUUUUCCCUCCUGCGGAAAGUUUUUGCCCCUUUCCCUGUGAUUGGGUUUCUGUUUCUCUAGGUAUAUAUGUAGUAAAACACCUAGGUUUAUGAAAUAUCAUUUUAGUCAGGUAGGAAAUAUUUUUUAAAUGCAUGUUGUUUUUUACAUCAUGAUCCCUUCCCAAUCUGUCCCCCACACUCCAACAAAAAACUCUUAAAUAAUAUGCAAGUGACAGAUGAUAUAACAGUGCCCAGGCCCCAUACUUUCCACCAAGAGGAAAUAUCCCAACCAGGGUCAUCAGGAACCAAUAUUGAUCAUUGUAUUUGAUCUAAGUUCUUUUGUUUAUAGUAAUAUAACCAUUGUAAGUCUCCUGAUUCUACUUUGUACUGUUAUCAGUUCAUACAGCAGUUCCUAUAAGCUUUGAAUUCUUCAUCAUUCUUUAUGGUUACAAUAAUAUUCCACAUAUAUCACAAUUCAUCUGUUCCCUGAUCAUUAGGCCUCUACUUUUGUUUUCAGUUUUUUGGCUCUGUAAAUAUUUUGGUUUGCAUAGGACCUAAGUAUGCUCCCAGUAAUGGAAUCAUGUGAUCCAAGGGUAUGUAAUCAUGUGACAAAAACUAGAAAGAUCAAUGGCUUGAGAGUUAAAGCAUCCAAGUUCAAAAUCCUUCUCUAUUCAUAAGAUCUUGGACUAGUCAUUUAACCCUUAUUGGGCCUUCAUUUUUCCAUCUGUAAAAAACAGAAGUAUAUUGAAUGUACCCUAAAUUCCCUCUUUAACUCUAAAUCUAUGAUACCCUGAUUUUUCUCACAGAAUCCCAAACUGAUUUUCAGAAUGGUUAUACUAAUUCACUGCUGCAUCAACAGUGGAUUAUUGGAACUCUGUUCACAGCCUCUCCCACACUGCCUAGUUGGCUGUAAGUAUUGAAUGUUAUUUCUGUGGGUAGGAUUCUCUGUGUGUCUUCUCCUCCCAGAUUGAUUUUAAGAAAUUAGGCCAUUCUUUAUCUCAUUUCUUCUUACCUAUCCUUAAUCACUGAAUGGGCAUUGGUUCAUACAAACUGAGACUUGGGAAAGAUGUUAUUUUAAAAAGGCCAAGGUUUUCUACUAUGUCUACGGCCAUCUUCAGUUGUCCUGAUCUACAUCUGGCCACUAGACCCAGAUGGCUCUGGAGGAGAGAGUAAAGUUGGAAGUCUUUGCACUGCCCUUCCUCACUUAAAUCCAGUUCACCUGCAUGUCCUUCCUUUAGCCAUGGUCCUCUUCCAGAAUAAAGGACAAACAACUAUAGUUAAUGUGGGUAUGAAAAGAAUGAUGUUUUUGUCCCAGGGAGAGAGGCAUUUAUAUGUAAAUUAGAUGUGUAUGAGAACUAUCACAGGGUGGGAAGGGCAGAACUAUUAAAGUGAGGUGAGUAUUGUCUGAGUAUCAGCAUUUAUUUGAUACCUUAAGAGUCCUAAUUUUCAUCAACUGUGGACCAUCCUCCAAUAAUGCAGAUUACCACUACUAUGUGACUUGAGACACCAAUAGUGAGUUGCAUUACCAAAAAAAAAAAAAAAAAAAAAAAAUCAUCCUGGUGCUCAGCCUUUUGAAUGAUGAGCAUUUAUUAAGUGGCUAGUAAACAACUAUAUACAUAUUAGUUGCCAGAGCUUAUACUUUCUUAGGAUAGCUUUUGGGAACCCAGGAUUACCUAAGCACCACAAUGAAACAUUCAAUUAAAAUUCAGCUAGUACUAAGAGACUGCCAUUAUCCUAGCUCAAUCUCUUAACAUUUGUAGCAUAGACCAGAGGUGGUCAGGUUACAUGCAGCUCACAACAUUCCCAAGUACAGAUUAAAAUACAAUUAGAUUUUUAACAAAAUUUAAAUUCAAUAAAACAGAUAAUAUCCAUAUGUGGAUGUCUAAGUCAAUAUGUAACCUACAGGAUUUAGUGGCUAUUAUUAUUUGAGUUUGAUAUUAGUGUCUUGAACUAUUAAUUAGACUAUUUGGUUUCUCUGCUUCCACCCUCUUCUUCUCUAGUCUAUCCAAAAUGAUCUCUACAAUAUAGAUUUGACUAGGUCAUUUCCUUACUCAAGAGUCUUUCCUGACCUUUAGCAUAAAAUGCAAACAGUCUUGGCAUUUAAAUCCCUCCAAGAUCUGGCUCUGACCCACAUUUUGAGCUUUAUAUCACAUUACUUCCCUUCAUGCAGUAUGCUCCAGCCAAAUUGCAAGGCCAGCUGUUGCCUAAACCCUUUCUCCUGCCCACUUAUAUUUUCCUAACCCACUCCUUAUGGCUAGAACUCAGUCAUUUCUGCCUCAGAAUCCUUAUUUUCAAGACCUAGCUUUAGUGCUAGUUACCCUGGAAAGCCAUUGUGGUCUUGUGAUUUUGAAAGCAUUAUACAAGAUGACAAAAUAGUCAUGUAAAUAACAGCAUAUAUAUGUAAAGAUAACAUAUACUAUAAUUUUUUGGGGGAAGGGCAGUAAUCCAUGAAGACAGUUUACCCAUGCUAAGUCUUGAAGGAAGUUAGAUUCUAAAAGAUGGUAGUUAGGCGAGUGAAUUCCAAGCACGGAAGACAAUUCACACAAAGAACAGUAGGAGAUGGAAAUAUCAUGUUUUAGAACAUUAAGUUUAAUGUGGAACCUAGUGAGUGAAAAGGAAUGUGAAGUUUGAAAAGUUAGCCAAAAGUCAGAUUGUGAGAUGGUUCAGUAUGUGAAAGUAAGGAAUUUCCAUUUCUUCCUAGAAUCUGGGAAAUCACAAGCAGUAAUAGGGUCAGGCUUGUGCUUUACAAAGAUUGGUAGUUGUGAGGAAAUUUAAUUUGCAGAGAAAAAAUUGGAAACAAAUAGUUCGGUGUGGAAAACCAGAGUCUCCGGGCCUAAUUCUUUCUCCCCUCUAAUCUAUUCCCAUGUAGCUCCCAAAAUGAUUUUCCUAAAGUAAAGGUCCAACCAUAUCACCUCCCCAGUCAAUAAACUCCAGUGGCUUCCUGAUGUCCCUUGGGUCGAAUACAAACUGGUUGAUAUUCAGAACCCUUCUUUACCUAGCCCCCUUUUAAGUUUCCUGUCUUAUACCUUAGCGCCCAACCUAUACUCCAGUACAGCCAUCAGCCAUUUCAUAAACAAAGAUACUUCAUCUUUCACCUUGAGGCAUUCUCUCUGGAAUUCUCUUUCUCUGCUCUAUUGACCUCCUUGACUUCCUUUUAAAUCCCAACUAAAACCUACCUUCUACUGAAAGACUUUUGCAACUCUUCUAGUACUCUAUGUUAUCUCCUAUUUAUCCUGUAUAUAGAUUGCUUUGUCUAUACAUAUAUAUUUUAGGUUGUUUCCCCUAUUAUAUUGUAAAUUAUUUGAAGGGCAGAACUGCUUUUUGCUUCUUUUUGUAUCCUCAACACUUUAGCACAAUGCCUGUCACACAGUAGGCACUUUAAAAAAUAUUGUUAAAUAGCUAUGGUAGACUUGGCUUUUCUCAGCAAUUGAGUGAUCCAAGACAAUUCCAAUAAACUUUGGAUGGAAAAUGCCAUACACAUUCAGAGAGAAAAUUAUGGAGACUGAAUGCAGAUCAAAGAAUACUGUUUUCACUUUUUUUUCCUUAUUUUUUUUUCCUUUCUGAUGAUUUUUUCUUUUGUUCUCAUUUUUCUCCCAACCCAACUCAUGGAAAUGGGUAAAAAAUGAAUGUAUAUUAUAGCCUAAAAGAAUUUUUAAAAUAUUGAUUGAUUGAUUGAGGCCUUUGUAAUAAUCCAAAUGAGGUGUCAAGAGCCUAAAACAGAUGGAAGUUGGGUGACUAGAGAGAACAGGUACAGAUAACCUUGAAGAAUAGGAUCGACACAUCUUGAAAGCUGGUUGUAGGGGUACACUGGGAUGAGUGACAAAGAUAAGGAAAAGGGAAAGUGUAGAGUUGAAAAUGACUCCAAGUUUCCUGGGUGACAGAAAAAUAAGUGCACUAAAUACUAAACUUCCCAUUGAUCCCCAAUUUCCUGGGGCUCUCUUCAAAAUUAUAUAUUUACUUUCCUUAAAAUUUUGUAUUUAUCUGUAUAUCUUUCCUGUCCUGCUUUACAACAUAAGCUUGAUGUCAGGAAAUGUUGUUUUUCUUUAUAGAUAUCUAAAAAUAUAUUAAGCAGUUGAAAGGCUCAGUAAAUGGAAUGCUGGGGUUGGACUCAGGAAGACCUGAGUUCAGGUCUUCAGCCUCAGAUCCAGCCUCAGAUACUUACAAGCUGUGUGACCCUGGAAAAGUCAUGUAACCUCUGUUUACCUUAAUCCACUGGAAAAAGAAGUGGCAAACCACUCUACUAUAUUUGCCUAGAAAAUCUCAUGGACAGCAUUGGUGUGUUAUGUCCAUGGGGUUCCAAAGAGUUAGACUUAACUGAACGAUAACAACAAAGUAUACAAUUGUAUUUGGUAUCCAAUUGGAUUGGCAUCUGUUAAGUACUUGCUGGGUGCUAGCACAAAACUUUGUGCUGGGUUGCAAAAUAAAAAUGAGUUCCUGACUCAAAGGAGCUUAAUUCAACUGAAAGGACAUAUCUGUAUGACCUCAUUAAAGUAUCUGAGAUUCAA